UAUCUGAUAACAUCGUGAAACGCGGUCAUAGGUUAUAUUAAACUAAGCAAACCUAAGUGAGGUUAUUGAUGUAUUUACAAUAACGUUGACGAGUAUCUGUAUUUGCAAAGAACGAUUUUCAUCCUCCUAUCGACGCGACUUACUCUCGGAGAGCAACAAUGGAUUUCCAAAAUCGUCCUGGCGGCAAAACUGGCGGCGGCGGCGUCGCCUCCUGGUCGGAGAGCAAUCGCGACCGCCGGGAGCGUCUCCGUCAGCUCGCCCUGGAGACCAUUGAUCUAAACAAAGAUCCGUAUUUUAUGAAAAAUCACCUGGGCUCGUACGAAUGCAAGUUGUGUCUCACUUUACAUAACAAUGAGGGUAGUUAUCUAGCGCACACCCAGGGUAAGAAACAUCAAGCCAAUUUAGCCAGGAGAGCUGCGAAAGAAGCCAAGGAAGCGCCACAAACCCUUGCACCAGAGAAGCCCCGGGUCGAGCCGAAAAAGUUCGUGAAGAUCGGUCGACCUGGUUACCGAGUCACCAAGCAGCGUGACCCGGAGUCUGGUCAGCAGAGCCUGCUGUUUCAAGUAGAUUACCCAGAGGUGGCGGACAAUGUGAUACCGCGACACAGGUUCAUGUCCGCCUAUGAGCAAAGGGUCGAGCCACCAGAUCGCAAGUGGCAGUAUCUGCUGUUUGCAGCUGAGCCGUAUGAGACUAUCGCCUUCAAAGUUCCUAGCAGGGAAGUGGAAAAGGCAGAGGGAAAGUUUUGGACUCACUGGAACAAGGACACAAAACAAUUUUUCUUGCAAUUUGCAUUUAAGAACGAGAAGCCGUCUGUGGGUAAAGUACCGCCACCACCAGUUCCUCUGAUAAGACCAGGAUUAGGCCCGAUGGUGCCUGUUCCACCACCUCCGCCCAGACCGCCUAUGUUUAAUCCGGUACCACCGCCGCCAGCUCUCUUGGCACCUGGAAUGCAAAUACCUCCACCACCACCUCACUUAGCAUAAGGAAUCUGGCGGGAUGCGCAACAUAUUUAUAUAAAUUUUUUUCAUGUUAGUGUUUAGAUCUUUGCUACCAACAUGUUAUAAGGGAUUGAUCUUAUUCUAAAUCAUGAAACUUAAGAAUGUAUGUUUGGCUUGUGUAAUAUAAAUGAAGAUCUAACUAUAAUUCUAAAACAAAUUGUAAAAAAGGAA